CAAUUCUUAGAGCUGGAAAUAAUGUGUGGUAGCAUUAUAAGCAUUAAAAACACUGAAAGCAGAAAUCCGCCUCCUAUAAAUUACCAUUUCCUUAGUGUAGCAUUUACAUAAUCAUAUAGUUUUUUGCAUAACCAUGGACGGUUCCUUCAGAUUAAGAGCCGUUACAUUAACCCUUUUCCUUGUGUUUCUCACUUUGGCAGCUAUUGAUCCUAAGUUCUGCUAUGGAAACUCUGAGGUUCAUUGCAUCCAAAGUGAGCAACAGGCCCUUCUCAGAUUCAAGCAAGAUCUUACUGAUCCUUUAAACCGGCUUGCCUCUUGGGCUGGUGAUGGGGAUUGUUGUCAGUGGAAGGGAGUUGUCUGCAACAAUGUUACUGGUCACGUCCAAGAGCUCCAUCUUAGAAGCUUUCCUCCUCCUCUGAUUGAUUACUUUUCAAUUGUAGCCCGGUAUGAAGCUGCUAUUCAAUCUUAUGCACAGUCAAUGUUUGGUGGUAAGAUAAAUCCUUCCCUACUUGAUUUGAAGUAUUUGUUUUACUUGGACUUGAGCUACAAUAAUUUUGGUCAGUUUCCAAUUCCUGAAUUCCUCGGUUCCAUGAAGAGUUUAAGAUAUCUUAAUCUCUUCAAUGCGGGAUUUGGGGAUUUGAUACCUCCUCAAAUUGGAAAUCUCUCAAAUUUGCACUAUCUUAAUCUUGGAGGCUUUGGUUAUAAUUCUUUAUCUGUCAAUAACCUACAAUGGCUUUCUAGUCUUCCUUUACUACAAGUGCUAGAUUUGAGUGGUGUAGACCUUAGCCAAGCCUCCGAUUUGCUUCAGGUGACAAACAAAAUCACUUCCUUGUCAGAGUUGUGGUUAUCACAUUGCAGCCUUGGUUCCAUCCCACCAACACCCAAUUCUAACUUUUCAUCUCUAGCCACCCUUGAUCUUUCUUUUAACAGCUUUGAAAACGCUUUGAUUCCAUCAUGGGUCUUUGGUUAUCAAAAUUUGGUUGCUCUUAAUCUAUCUGCCAAUGGUUUUCAAGGUCCAAUCCCUAUUGGUUUGCAAAACAUGACUUCUCUUAAGCACCUUGAUCUAUCUGCCAACAAUUUCAACUCUUCAAUUCCCUAUUGGUUGUAUAGUUUUAGUCAUCUUGAGUUCCUCAACCUCCGCAAGAAUCUUUUGCAAGGUAAAAUCACUAGUUCCAUUAAAAACCUAACAUCUGCCAUUAGCAUAGACUUGACAAGCAAUCAACUUGAUGGAAAGGUACCAAGAUCUUUGGGCAAUGUUUGCAGUUUAAGGGAACUAAGAUUGUCAGACAACAAAUUGAGUCAAGAGGUAUCGGAAAUCUUAGAAAGUUUAUUAAGAUGUGUUUCGUAUGGACUAGAGGUCUUAGAAAUGUAUGAUGCUCAACUAUCUGGUCAUUUGAUUAAGGAACUUGGGCAAUUUCAAAAUCUUACAACACUUUCUUUGGAGGGUAAUUCAAUUUGGGGUCCAAUUCCAAUUUCAAUAGGAAAACUUUCAUCUUUGAGAUUCUUAGACCUUUCAACUAAUCAAUUUAACGGAACUCUUCCUCAAAGUUUUGGAGAGCUCUCCAAAUUAGAGUAUGUCUUUAUUGGUGGGAAUAUGUUGGAGGGAGUAGUUUCUGAAACUCAUUUUGCCAAUUUAAGAAGAUUAAAGCAACUUAGCACAACUCCAACCCGUUUGACUUUAAAAGUAAGUCCCAACUGGAUUCCUCCUUUUCAAGUUGGCAUUUUAGGAUUGGGAUCAUGGAUUUUAGGGCCAAAUUUUCCCUUAUGGAUUUGUUCACAAAAGCGAGUUUGGUCUUUGGAUAUAUCCAACACAAAUAUUACAGAUGCAAUUCCUCCUUUGUUUUGGAAUAUGUCCUCCCAGUUCAAUUAUCUGAACUUGUCUCACAAUCAUAUCUAUGGAGAGAUUCCAAAUAUCCCUAUGACUUUGUAUCCUUCUUCCAUGAUUGAUAUGAGUUCUAAUUCAUUCAAAGGUUCGUUGCCUCUUAUAUCCUCUAACGUGAGCUUUCUAGAUCUAUCUAACAAUUUAUUGUCUGGAUCUAUUUCUCACUUUUUGUGUUAUAAGAAGAAUGAGCCCAAACAAAUGGAACUUCUCAAUCUUGGAAAAAAUCUUUUAUCAGGAAAUAUAAGUUAUUGUUGGGAGAAUUGGCAAAAAUUGUUGGUUUUAAGUCUUGGAAACAAUAAUUUCAAUGGUAGCAUUCCAACAUCCAUUGAACAUUUGAGUCUUCUUAAGUCUUUGCACCUAAGCAACAACAAAAUCUCUGGGAAAUUACUACAUUUUUUGAAAAAUUGCACUGAUUUGGAGAUUAUUGAUAUCAGUGAGAAUAAGUUUUUUGGAAUCAUACCUUCAUGGAUAGGACAAAGACAUUCAAGCUUGAUCAUUCUCAACCUUCGCUCAAACAAUUUCCAUGGCUCCAUACCCAAACAACUUUGUGCUCUAACUUCACUCCAAAUCUUGGACCUUUCACAUAACAUGCUAUUUGGAAGCAUACCUAGAUGUGUUAACAAUUUGAAUGCCAUGGCUUCAACUUCUCACAAUAUUUUACAGGACUUGUUUGUGGUUGAUGGUGAUUCUGUGGAUUUUGAAAGGGCAAAUCUUGUGAUAAAAGGGCAAGUUCUUGAGUAUACCACCAAUCUUGGACUACUAAGAACUAUAGACCUUUCGAAGAAUAAUUUAUCAGGAGAGAUCCCUAAAGAAGUGACUAGUCUUCAAGGAUUACAAUCAAUGAAUUUGUCAUUUAAUAAUUUGACUGGAAGGAUUCCUGAGAAUCUAGGUGCUAUGGGAUCCUUGGAAUCUCUUGAUUUCUCUGAAAACAAACUUUCAGGUCGCAUUCCUCCAAGCAUGUCAAACUUGUCAUUUUUGAGUAAGUUGAACUUGUCAAUGAACAAUUUAUCUGGGAGAAUCCCUUCAAGCACUCAACUACAGAGCCUUAGUGCAUCUAGUUUUAUUGGAAACAAACUCUGUGGACCUCCACUUAGUGAUAAUUGCACUAUAAAUUAUGCCAAACCCGACACUAAGGACAAAGGGAGCAGUGGUGGGCGUGAAGUGGAUUGGUUUUAUGUAGGUAUGGCACUUGGAUUUGUGGUUGGAUUUUGGGUUGUUUGGGGUCCUUUACUAAUGAACAAGAAAUGGAGAAUCAUGUACUUUCAAUUCCUAGAUCGCAUGGGGUAUAGGUUUUGGGUGUUUUGGCACAAACUAGAUAGAAUGUUGUGAGAUUCUUAUCUUGUUACUAGCUAAUGUUCUUAUGGUGCGUGGAGAUGUUGUAGUUUCAUUUUGUAAUAAUUUGUAUCUUUUUUUAGCUCAGUUAAUAUGAAAUAAUUAGUAGAAAAUUUUAUUUCUUGCACGUGUAUUUUACUCAUGUUGAAUUAUAUUUAGAGAAUUAAUUACAAUUAUAUUACAUGGAUUCAAGUGAUAACCUAGUGGCACUGGCAUCCCUUUGAAUUCCCAAUAUUUAGAGUUUGAACCCCACAUUUCCUGUUCCAUCAUUCACCUAACAAAAAAAUCAUCAAUAUAUGUACAGAGAGACCUUUAACAGCGUCAGAUUGGGAAAUUUACCAACAAUAGUAAAGCAAAUAUACAUGAAGAUCGAUUGAGGAAUGAUUAAAAAGUAAAAAAUAAAAAAUAGAAAUAACAAAAUGAAUUUUAAUGUCAACCCAUUUCUACUUUCCCCAAACAAGAAAAGGAAUUUCAUUAGAGAUUUGCCCUUCCUUUCUCUCCUUUUCCACCACACAUUCACACUCCCUCUCACUUUGCCAUCGCACCACAAACCAACACUCACACCAAAAUGAAAACAACACAGCCAUUCACACACUACCACGAUACCCCAAUGGCCCAAUCUCUCUGCCCACACCACACCCGCAACACAUGCCAUUGUCAAAUUGCAGAGUACCGUAUAAAAUGAAAGGUUUUCAUAGAAACAUACACUAAUACACAGCUCUAGGAACUUGAAUAAAUUUUUCGCUCUAUGACUAAUUAUGUAUCUUUAAUAAUUAUAAAGAAAGAAGAAUAGAAUUGAUAGUUUGAGUCAGCUGGAGUUUUAGAUAAUCUAUGGGUUUUGUAUGGGUGCAGCCAGAGAAUUGAAAAUAAUUUUAAAUAUGAAACAAAAUAAAAUACAAAGAAUAAUUAAGGGUGUUUCUCAACAACAAAAAAAGAGAGAAUUUUGAAGGGUGAAGCCAAGAGCCUUAUGGAAUUUGUAUGGUUAGCUUGGCAAAUCAAUGACAAUGUAUCUUGUUUUGAGUUUGUAAGUGUCAAAUAUCAAGUACAAGAUCCAAAGUUCAACUCAAGAAAGGGCAUUCUUUGAAAUUUUGAUUAACCCUCAAUUGUCUCUUAACUUAGGGCCCGUUUGGAUUGAGGGGGUAAAGAGGGAAAGUGGAGAGAAGUAGAGUCGAGUUAACUGAAAAUAGGUUAAUUUUGGGUCAAAUCUACUCUACUCCCCCUCAAUCCAAACGAAUCAUUAGGCUCACCUAAUCGAGACUCGGAAAACAUGAUUCCUAAUCAAGCCUAUUAAGUUGGCUAAUGACAUGUUAAUUGUGCCCUUACUUACCGGACCGUAUAAUGGCUCACUAAAGUCAAUUGAAAGAGGUUAGAGAGUGCUACAGUGCACUCUGGUUUAUUAUUUGUGAUUUGUUUACUGUGGUAAUUAAUUGUAAAUAACUUGGUAUUCAUACUUGGUUAAUUUGCAAAGUUGAUCAAUUCUACUAAAAUCAAUUAACAGGUCAAAAUUUAUUUUUAAGAAUAAAAGGAACAGAAGAAAAGAUGAAUAACAGGAAGAAGUACCAAGUAGAGUAUAAUAUGCUUUCUCAAAAAUAAAAAUGUAGGGUAAAAUAUGGAUCAUCACAAAGUGUAGACAUUGUUAUUUGCUUAUUUUAGAUACUCAUUUUACAAAUCGUACCUUUGUUAAUCACACUAAAUCAAUUAGUUUUGGUUUGAAAUCCUAAAAAUCAACACAUAUGAAUUGUUAUUGAAGACCAGAUGAGGGUUCUCCUCAUCAAUCAUCAUGAAGAAAUUUAAGUAGGCCUCGUAGACACCGUUGUGAAACUUCCGUUUAAUCCUAUUCUAAGGGCAAAUUCAUCAUUCUAUUAAAGUGAAUGCUUAAAUUGGACCACCAGAUUAUAAGAUAUAGCUAAAUCAAGAUUUUAAUGUUUAAUAUGUAUUCUUGCAAUUGAGGUUGAUCACAUGUGAAUAUGAUCAAUUAGUUACGAUUGGUUUUUUUUUUUUUUUUUGGGGAGUGAAAACAUGUUAACUUUUAUUUAGCUCAACAAAGAAGGAAUUAUAGAAACUAGGUAAGAUGUUACAGAAGAUAUUAAAGGAGAUGGGCUGCUGUUCACCCAAAAUUCACUAUCCGUAAGGUUACCCGUAUAGCAUGUUGUGCUAAAAUGUGUGCUUCUGCAUUAGUGUCUCUUCAAACAAAUGAAACUUUGGGCUUCAUGGAAACUUCUCAGGUUCUGCUUUAUUGCAUCAGUGAUGUGUCCCCAUAAGGAAUAAUCGGUGAACUGUAUAGUGAAUCUAUAAUGAUUUUGGAAUCUCCCUGCUCUAGGAUAAUCUUUCUACAUCCCAACUCCACUGUAAAUUAAUUGUACCCUGCACAGUUCACUUGCUUGCUGCCAUUGCUUCAGCUGUAGUUGCAUUCAUGAUUCCAGGCGCACGUUUGCUCAUUGCUGCAAUAGUUUGUCCCCUUGAGUCCGAUUAUUGUCCCAAUCCCAGUCAUCUUCUCCUUUGUAAACAUUGCAGCGUUAAAAUUUAGUUUGGCGUUGCCAUUACAUGGUUGUUGCCAUUGAAAAGCCUUUGUAUUGCCAAAGAGUCGCCAAAGAGCCUUGUAAUUCAAAUGGUUAGCAUCUCAUAGUGUUUCCAAAAGAUAUAUUUAGGGUUAAAAUCAUGCCUCUCCCAAUUAUUAAAUUAUAAAAGAAGUUUUAAAGCAAGACUAUGUGCAUGUAUUGAUGCACUAGUAAUACCCAAAAAAAAUAUUUAAAAAAAAAAAACUUGUAAGAAAGAAAACUAUGAAAUCUAAUCUUGAAAUUUCUUGUUCAUUCAACAAAAUUUGAAAUAGACCAAAAAAAAGUCUUUUUUCAUCACACAUGCACUCAAGCACAUCAAAAAAAGUGAAUUUUUUCUUUCUUUCUUUUGACUCCAAGAGUUAAUUAUUUCAAGCAUGUUCCAAAUUUCCAAAAAGAUAUACAAAAUAAAUUCAGGGUGGUCCAAGAGAGAUAAUAGGUGUAUUUGUUUUUGCUAGAAGCAAGUAUCGGUGUCUUCAACUAACAAUAAUUAAUAAUUAAAACAUCAUGAAAUUAAAAUCCUAUAGUAGUAAUUUAUGAAUUACAUCAAACUACAGUAGUAAGUAGUCUCAAAGAAACUUUAAAAAAAUUAAUUAAAAACAAAAGAAUAUUGCAAGGAAUGCACCAACUGGCAAAAUUUUAGACUAUGUAAAGAUGAAGUCUCUACUUUCAUAUAUACAUAGUCAUUCUAUCACUUUAACACCACAAAAAAUACCAUAACUCCAUAUACUUUUAGACAAUUCUUUCUGCAGAAAAUAAAAACAAAUAAAUUGAAUAGUUACUUCAUAAUUCAAUAAAAAUAUCCUCAAUGUACAACAUAAUAAUUCCAUACAUUCUAAAAGAAAACAUCAGAGAGAAAUUUUGGAUUCCAUCUUACUUUUGUUGUUGAGUUUGAGCUAUUUGUCUUAAAGCUUUCCUCUUUGUAUCCUUGCACUUCCU